CCACGUCAACCCCUCAGUAGUUCUUGUACUUUCAACCGUGAACGAGAGCAACCUGAGGAUAAAUAUGUUUCACGUGCAAAUUGAUAAAGUUAUACAACAAACGGUUUCCCUCUUGUAUUACAUUGGAAUCUGGCAUCGGGGAGAUGAACCUACCGCUAAAGAGCUGAGAACGAAGUUUUUCUAUUGCAUUUAUUACUUAAUGUUCUUAGUAUCGUUGGUAGUUGGAUCAGUUGUUAGUGAAAAAGAAGACGAAGCCAUAUUUUUGGUCGAAGCGUCGAUUGCAAUCGCAGUUUUGACUGUUAAGCUUUGGUAUUUGAUUUGGAAACAGAAACCAAUUCUUGAUUUGUUGAAUCAGAUUGGUGUUUUUUCAAUUCGAUAUGAAGCAGAUGUAGGAGUUUUCAACGUCAAAUUGAGACAAUUUAGAAAAUUUGUGCUUUUAGUUUGUGUUAUGGCAACAGUUGCUUGUUUUGAGGUGUUAUUUGUUCCGUUUGUUGCAAAAAAGAAAAAUUUAAUUUUUGAAAUCGGUUUUCCUUUGGACUACAAAAACAGUGAAAUUGCUUUCUGGAUUGCAAACAGUUUCAUUUUAACUGAAUGUGUUCUAUCAAUGAUAACGACAUUCUUUUUCAUACUAAUUUGGUAUUUACUGUUAUCAUGUUCUCUGAGAUAUAAUUUGCUGGGAAGUGAAUUGAAAAAAUUGGGACAAAUCAUCAGCGAAGAAACUAAUGAUGCAAUAUCGGAGAAACGAAAACAAAUCAUUUUCAUGCAGGAUUUAAAAGCCUCAAUCGUUGCCCACUUGCACUUAAAGAAAUUGACCGAUGAUCUUGAUUCAUUUUCUUCGAACAUGUUUUUCCUUCAAUUUGGAACCAGUGGACUAUGUAUUUAUAGAUCGGUUUACUGCCUGGCAUUUGACGUCGGCGAUAAUUUAUCGAAACGUUUUAUGCAUCUUCUAAGUCUGUCCUACUUCAUUUACGAUUUAUUCAUGAUUACGUACUUUGGGAAUGAGAUUAUGCUGUCGAGUAAUCGUGUCUCAUACAGCUUGUUCGAAUCGGAUUGGAUCGAGCAGCCCCAGUCGACCAAGAAGAACAUUAUCAUUUUUGGAGAAUAUUUGAAGCAACCACAUGUGCUGGUGAUUGGCAAAUUGUAUCCAUUAACUUUGGAGACAUUUACACGGAUUUUGAAUUCAGCCUACAGCAUGUUCAACAUUUUGAAAAGUUUUCAGUAAUGAAGAGAAUAAAGUGGCGAGAAUCAACAGAUAAGCAGAAAUAAACGUAUAUUGUAUUGUGUAUAUAG